AUGGCACAAGAUAUAAACCGGCCUAGCACGCCUGAGGGGAGCACGUUGGAGAGCGCUCAUAGUUCUCCAGGCGUUGCUCUCCCGGAGGAGACAGAAGAGCGAUCCAACUCGGGAUCAGCUCAGGAUGUCAACGCCUCUCCACUGCCCGCGAAAUACUGGCUGCCAUUCUCUCUUCGACGUCCGUUUUUGCUCUUUCUGGCGAUUUUGUGUCUGUUGAUGGCCAUCGCGGGGGAGGUGAUGCGUCAAUAUUCUAAACACAACCAUGGACUCGUUCAUCUUGAAACGUAUAAAUCGCUUGGACUUGCUGCGGGACUAUUCGUUUAUGUUCCUACUACUGUCGCAGUUCUACUGGUGACACUAUGGAAUAUUUGCGUCCUCGAUGUCUUACGACUGGAGCCGUACUUCCAGCUGGCCAACCACGAAGGCUCAUCUGGUUCUGUGCUAUUCACGAAUUACUCAUUUACCUACGGCAUACUGGCGCCAAUCCGGGCUCUUCGUAACCAACACUGGGUCGUCGCAAUUGUCUCUUCGGUUGCUUUAUUACUGCGUACAAUGCUUCCGUCUCUUAUGUCGGGUCUUAUUGUACUGAAUGAGAUGAACAUUGUCACGAUGAAACCUAUCAAUACCUGGCCGGAUCUGAUAAACCUGGAGACUCAGAACAUUAUGUUAUCCUAUGAAGCAUCGCACUCUCGCAAUUCAUCUGAAUUUCAUGUAGACACAUUCUUUUUCUACCAGACCCACAACUACGCCAUACCUCCUAUCGUGCGACUGCCAGAGGAUUAUUCUGAAACGUCAACCUGGAAGAUGAACGAAACGGCUUAUUGGGCUGACUUAAAUUGUGUUGAGGUACCUUUGAAAAACAUCAUUCCCGAUAUCAAUCCUACCAACUCCACGAGUACGACCACAUUGACCUGGAAUGUGACAGACAUUGCAUUCGAUAAGCUCCCCUAUAGUGGAGAUGCUGACAGUUGCACGGUAUCUUUCAUAUUAAACAGCAACAUACCCGAGGGGAAAGGAUCAUAUCAAGUGCGACACUGGGAACCUCUCAACUAUAAUGGGAGUGCAACAGACAGUGCUACCAUGAAUACUACUGGGUGCGGGUCGUUCGCAUUGUUUGGCCUCUCUAUCAACAUGGGAUCAUCACUCACAAAUUUCUCAUCGAAUGCCACGUCAUUUGGCUGCAGUAGUAGAUAUUUGAAGGGAAAGGCAGAGAUCGCUUUUCCCGUUAAUACUUCUUUUGUUGAUGCCAAACACGUCUUGGGCCCGAAUGAAAGCGUGUCUUCUUCUCAAUUCAGUAUUUCAAGCUUUGAAAGUCUCCUGCACACAAAAUACAGCAAUGCCAAUCUUGUGACACCGGGGAGCAGACAUCAGAUCUCGAGUCUGACCACAUCCACUGGUGUAAAUGGCACCUUGCUCAGUGACCUGACUCCGAUUGAAAUUACCGACUAUCAAUCAGAAAUUCGCCAACUCUGGAAUCACAAUUUUGUCAACUCAAUGAGACGAUUCUUCAAUACUACCGGAGACCCUACGCCUGUCGAUGCUAGACAAAUCACAGAUACGACUCUUUAUCAGGUCACCUCUCGUUCGGCCUUAAUGGCCGAGGGCCUUCUCUUAGUGGCAUUCAUUGUUCUCAUUUGGUUGUUCUUCCUGUAUCCGCACCGCCUUAACUUUCUCUCUGGCGACCCCAACUCGAUUGCUGCGCAGUGCGCUCUCUUGACAGACACUUUCUCUGCGGGCAACUCCUUGAUCCGAUCGGAAAUCGCAUUCGAUCGCGCCACGCCUAGACAACUUCGCCGAUUUGCUCGAACAUUGUCUUGUCGAUGGAUAGACACGCCUGAUGGGAAAAGGAUAGAUAUUGUCCCCAAUGACCCCAACUUGCCGUUUUUGGAAUUACCAAGUUCACGGUUACGCCGCAACCCUAGACCUCACUUCUUGACGCCUCCAUGGUUCUUGAUUGAAUGUGCAGUUAUGGCUGGCGUUCUCGCCGCUUUUGGAGUUGCUUUUCAGUAUGUCCGUCUAGAUAAGAUCGACUCCAAUUCAGCUGGCGUCACCUUCAUCUACUACUUCCUGAUAUACGGCCCUACCAUAAUUGCUUCGAUGAUAGGAUCUCUGUUUAUCUCCAUUUAUCGUCAUUUGAGCAAUCUUGAACCUUGGGUUCGCUUGCAAAAGGGAAUGGCGGUGGCUAAACAGUCUAUUACUGCUAACUAUGGCUCCCAAACGCCUAUCAUGUCUUGGAUGACUUUUCGCCACAGUGCGCCUCCAAUAUUGGUCCUGCUUUCGUUGAUGUGCUUCUUGGACAUGUUCUUGACUGUUGCCAGUAGUGGUAUGUUUGAGCCAGUUCUAUACAACUCCACUGUUCCCACUUCGUCAUUGUCUGCGCGCUACAACCAAUCCCGUUUCCUGAAUCCUACCGUGCGAGUAGAGUUCAACGGAAACAGUUUCAUCUCUGAUAGUUUGGUGAUGGGUUAUUCCCUUUUGGCUUGGACGACACCGGAUACGUCUUUCUAUCCAAUGAUGAUACACAAUAAUGACCCGGACUAUGAUUGGGAGGAAUAUAACGCGGUAGCACGCGGCGUGGGCGUUGAUCUUCAAUGUAGCAAAGUCCCCACCAGUGAUUCAUCUCACGAUCGACCAACUGGAAACUUAUAUUGGACAUACCAGCCUUAUUCAGAUAUCGACAUCAAUUGUACCGUGGAGUUCCAGCAGCCUGCUUUUGAGCACCGCCUGUUCAAUGAGUCUGUCUACUUCCGUGGUCCCAUGAAUGCAAGUGAGAUAUGCCAGAAGACCUUCAUGGUAAUCACAUACAAUGAUUUCGACAGCAUCAACGCGACCUCCGGUAACAACUCAACAGUCUUCCAGUGUGCACCGCAGAUUCAGAUCCAGGACUUUGAUAUCGAUUUUGAGUAUGAAGGCACAAUCGAUGACUGGGAGCCAGUAGCCGGAAGCGCAAUCACAAGCGGUGAAAUGUUCCAAAACGCCUCGGCCAGCCUCGUUCCCUUCACCCAAGCUUUCCUUCGCCAAACAAAGCUCGCGAGACAGGAUAUCAAUCCUAACCAGUAUGACUGGGCUGUUCUACUCACCCGCCAAGUUUACGACACUUUCGACGACUCCGGCUCCGUUGACCUUUCACUCCUUCAACAAGCCGUCGAAUUGGGCUACCAAUCUACUUUCAGCACCUACCUAUCUCUGUGGCGCGACAUAUACUUCGACCCAAUUCUACACACUACCUCCUCCAUUCCUGGCACUACAACCGACACGUUCUACGGCAUCGAGCCAUCUUAUACCACAAUUUUCAUCAUUCUCGUCCUCCUCUCAAUCGACCUCUCCGUCUUGAUGGCAGUCUUCUGGUUCCGCCACAGACACUACAACGGUCCUCAAAUCCCGCGCUCUAUUGGUUCCCUGAUUCCGUUAAUAGCUAAUAGCCGCAUUCUUGGCGAUGUCCGCGACACGGCUGGUUGGACUGAGGAGAAACGCCGCGAGCAUCUCGAUAAACUGGGACGAAAAUAUCGCUAUGGAGAAUACACUCUGCCUAAUGGUGAAAAGCGAUUAGCGUUGGACUAUGAUGAAAAGCCCCUCUAUGAAAUCUUCGAUGAACAACAACAUGAGCUUGGUGAUAUAUGUGUCGAUCCUAUUCCGGAUCAGGAUACGGAACCGCCGCCGGCGUCAGCGACAGUGUCCACUACGCAACUGAUAAAUGAACAUAACGAUAGAUCGUAA